AAGUACGACAACAUCACAAGAGGUGUCCUAUGCGACGGCGUCGCGAGUGUGAUCAAAGAAGGCACAAGAGCUUCCCAAGCGGCCAUUCUUCAUGUAAGCGACCAGAGACCACCUGCAGGCUGCCGCUCUGAAACCAAGACAUUCAACAGUCUGCUGACUGAUCCUGAACAUACCUUUCCUUCAUGUCCUCCACUCCAAAAUUCUAUUCCAGGGUCCUUCGCUGAUCUAGGCUUCCUGUCGUGGUACCUGGCGGGCAAGAUGAAGGCGUUCGACCGGCGCGGCCACGUGGCCAAGCUCUGCGUCGUGCUCCUGCCGCUGCUGCUGGCGGCGAUGGUGGCGGUGUCGCGGGUGGACGACUACUGGCACCACUGGCAGGACAUGUUUGGCGGUGGGAUUCUUGGUAGGCACUCUCCCCUGUUUCAAGUUUCAGUUGGCUCACCUACUGUCCGUGUCGUCCACCUGCUGCCAACUACGGGUACUCUUCUCUUCUGUUCUGGAUAG